UCCGUGCACAUCUCCCUUGCGCUGACCUUUACGCUAACUGAACCGGAGGAAACACCGCCCCCUAGGCGCGCGCACCCUUGAAAGGAAACUUAAGAGGCACCCGGUGUGCGCGCACGGAAAAUGCAGCGACAGGGAAAUUAUGUCCAACUACUAGUCUGGCACACGGCUCGCAUAAUAUGCUGGGUGGGAAAGAUCUGUAUACACAAGCUCUGUUCUAUAUGGUGUUUGUUUCUGCGAAGCCAGCACAAAACCUUCACUGGAGUGCAGGUUUUACCGGAUAUGGGACUAAAGUGUGGCGACACAACCUUUAAUAGUGUGCUUUGGUUUUAAUACUCGUUUUUUUCUUCCUCACAUUUAGCUGUUUUCCAUUUGGAAGUAGCCAUCAGUGUAUUAGCCUAAAGUACAGUCCGUGCUGCAACAACAACCAUCCCAACAAACGCAACCUUUAAACUAUACUCCGCAACCAUGUAGAGGUUUUCCUUAUGCAGUGCUGUUGUGCCCACACUAUAAUAUGCCGAUGUUAAAGUGCUGUUCGGCUGAACAAGUUUCAUUACGUUGAUUAGGUCGUCUGUGUUCAUUUACGAGCAGUUCUUGCCCUCGACAUAAACUGUCACCUGCUCAUUUUCUGAGUUUCUUUUCACGUGCAUUUUUGAAAUCAUGGCUCGACUACGGAGGAGAUCUUGCGUCCUUCUUAUUCUCUUCGCGCUCUUCGUGCUCGGGACUCUGAUGGGAUUAAGGACUCUGAAGCCGAGUGAUGAAUUCUCGGAUCUGGACGUUUUGCCCAUCAAGGGGGCGAAAGUUGACAGGCACGUCGUUGUCAGCGAUGUCCUGUCAUCGGCCGGUCAGGAACGUGUUGUAGCAAGUAAGGCAAAACCAGCCGGCUCAAACCCGAGCACUGACAGAGGUGUAUCCUACGACGUCCAUAUAUUUUACUACAGCUGGUAUGGGAACCCGCAGACGGAUGAGAGAUACUUGCAUUGGGACCAUAUUCUGGUGCCACACUGGGACCCAAAAAUCGCCGCCAGUUAUCCGAGAGGAAGGCAUGUUCCCCCUGAAGACAUCGGCUCGAGUUUUUACCCUGAACUGGGGCCGUACAGCUCCAGGGAUCCGGAAGUGCUGGAGUAUCACAUGGAGCAAAUUAGCACGGCAGGGGCAGGUGUGGUGGUUCUGUCCUGGUACCCUCUCGGUUUGGCUGAUGAUCACGGGGAGCCUUUUGAAGAUUUGGUACCAUGGAUCUUGGAUGCUGCACUGAGGCACAAUUUAAAAGUGGCGUUUCAUAUCCAGGCCUAUAAAGGAAGGACUAAUCAUAGCUUACAUAACAACGUCAAAUACAUCAUUGACAGGUAUGGAGAUCAUGGGGCUUUUUACCGCUUCCGCAUCAGCAAUGGGAAAGUGCUGCCUCUUUUCUAUAUAUAUGACUCUUACCUGACUCCUACUGAGGCUUGGGCAGACUUACUAACCUCCACAGGCUUUCACAGUCUGCGUGGAACCCAGUACGAUGGUGUCUUCAUUGCACUCAUUGUGGAUGAGAAACACAAGCAUGACAUCCUUGCUGGAGGAUUUGAUGGGAUGUAUACAUAUUUUGCUUCUAACGGAUUCUCCUAUGGCUCCUCUCAUCAAAACUGGGAGGGCCUCAAGGCCUUUUGUGAUGGUAACAAUCUGCUCUUUGUGCCAUGUGUGGGCCCUGGCUAUAUUGACACCAGUAUACGACCCUGGAACAACCACAACACUCGCAACAGAGUAAAUGGCCGAUAUUACGAAACUGGUCUACAAGCAGCACUGAAUGUGAGGUCUGAGAUCGUUUCCAUCACGUCCUUCAACGAGUGGCAUGAGGGCACACAGAUUGAGAGGGCAGUACCUAAAAAGACCAUCAGGCGGGUGUACCUGGACUACCAGCCACACGAGCCUGAUCUUUAUAUAGAACUAACUAGGACAUGGGUUGAGCAGUUUCGUAAAGAGAAAGAACGAAGGCAUGUUUGACAUGGAGUUGUUUGGAAUAGUUUGGUGUAGGAUGCUGUAUAUAGGCCUUGAUAAUUGGGAACCAUUUUACCAGUCACAUAAGCUCAAUUAGCUCUUCAGAAACUUUACUCACAGUAACCUUUACAAUCAAAAGAAUGGCAUGGUAAGUGUUAGAAGUGUACCAUCUACCUGUUUCAGCUCAGAGAACUUCAAAAGAAAUUGUCUUCAGAAUGUUGAAUAUAUUACCACUACAUUUGCUGAACCCAUGUGACUCAGACAAGAAUACCUUGGUCUUUCAUAUACUGAAUGAAUAAAUGAAUUAAAAAAAAUUCAAAGCAAAUACUAGAUUACAAAUAAUUUUUAGCUUUUUUUUAACAAGAACUUGCAGCAUAUAACAAAAUGUAAGGACAGGGAAUAAAAAUCAGUCC